AUGGUUUUUCAAGGCAAGGAAAUAUAUCCUUUCCGAGUAUACUUAGUUUUGUCAUUAUUGUUAAUUUCUAAUUGCAUUUGUGAUAAUACAAAAAGGACUAGGACUAGGAGUACCCUGGGUGAAAAUCAAAAAAGAUUUUGUUUCGGAUCGGAUUCGGACAACACAAUUAGAGCUAAACGUAAAGUAUGUUUACUAAGGCCUGACACGGGUCCUUGCAGAGCCGAUAUUUUAUCUUGGUACUUUGAUGCUAAGAAACGGAAAUGCUAUCGUUUUUUCUGGGGCGGUUGCCAAGGAAAUGGAAAUAACUUCGUCACAGAAAAGGAAUGUAAAGAAACAUGUUACCUUAGCGCAAAUAUGAAAGCUACACACACACCGUACUUUUGUCAGCUUGCGUUUGACUAUGGAACCUGCUUUGGACAAUAUAAUCGAUGGACUUGGGAUCACGUAGCCGGUCACUGCAGACGGCGCCUGUAUUCUGGGUGCGGUGGUAACCAAAACAACUUUGAGACGAAGAACGAAUGCAUGGCCAACUGCCUGACGAAGCCAAAUAACACCUUAACCAUUGACAGAAUGCGGUUCACGACUUGUAUACCAUUCACAAUAUCAGAUUUCAGUUAA